AUGUUGAAACCUAUCGAAUAUGGUGACCCUGCUGCCUCUGGAUCCAGCUACCAAAUCCUAGAAGGACCCAAGAAUGCAACAGUGCUGAUGGGCUCAGAGGCCCACUUCAACUGCACCGUGUCACCAGGCUGGAUGCUCAUCAUGUGGGCACUGAACAACACAGUGGUUCUGAGCCUCACUCCCAAGGAGCUCAUCAUCACAAACAACCGUUUCACCUCUUUCAGUUACGAAGUGGAUGGUAACUUUGUCUCUGAGAUGAUCAUCCAUAAUGUGCAGCCAAGCGAUGCAGGACGCAUCAAAUGCAGUCUUCAAAACAGUGACCGGGAUGGCUCUGCGUUCCUUUCAGUCCAAGUUAUGGGAUCAUUGCUCAUUCCCAAUGGAAGUCUUGUAGUCACUGAGGACAAGCCCUGUAAUGUUACUUGUCUUGCGCUGGGCUGGGUCCCACUUCCAGAUAUUACAUGGGCGAUCAGUGUUCCCGUAAGCCAUUCCAGCUAUUACUCCUUCCCGGAGCCUGACGACCUUCAAAAUGCAAUGAGUAUCCUCUCUCUCACACCACAAGGCAACGGGACUUUGACUUGCGUGGCUAAUGCAAAGGGUCUGCGUGCUUACAAGUCUGUCGCUGUAAACCUUACUACUGUGAUUGAGCCUUCCUUGGGCAAUAUUGAUAAACCAGGCACAUCAUUGCCUACCUGGGCAAUAAUUCUCCUUGGAGUAUCAUUUUCAUUGCUUUUGAUCCUGAUAAUUGUUCUGAUUAUAAUAUUCUUCUGCUGUUGUGUCUCCAGAAGAAAGGAAAAAGAAUCUAGUUAUCAAAGUGAAAUAAGGAAAUCUGCAAGUGUGAAAACAAAUAAGGAAACGACUGAGACAAAGAUAAAAAGUGGAAAUGAAAACUAUGGAUACAGCUCAGAUGACUCAAGGAUGACAAUGUAUGAGGAGGCACCUUAA